UCAGUUUGCGGUUGCAGUGUCGCUGGUUAGAAUAAAAGUGGAUGGAAACUGGACAAGUCAUUUCUCACCAGGGGGAAAUAACAGCAGCAUGCGCCUAUUUGUCAUUUUAUUUGCAGGUCUGAAACUCACACAAUGAGAUGGAAGCUCUAACACGGACUCUGAUUUCUGUGUGCCUUUGCAUUCAAGUUACUCAAACCGAUGGCUCGUCUUGGACAGUUAACGGGUUGACCUCAGUUAAAGGUCUCAUUGGGUCAUGUGUGGUCAUCCCCUGCUCAUUUGAUUAUCCACAGCCAGAAAAUAAAGAAGUCUGUAGUUACACUGCGAUUUGGAACAACGACGCAAAUCAAUCUAUCUUUCACCCAGUCAAGGAAAAGAUCAUGGAGCAGUAUCGGGAUCGGACAACGCUGAUAGGAGAUAUUAGAAACAAGAAUUGUUCUCUGAAGAUUGAUAACUUUCGGUCCACUGAUGGAGGCCGUUUUCAUUUCAGAAUUGAAAUGAAAAACUACAAGAAGUAUUCCUACUCAAAUCACAAAGUUUCCAUCUCAACAAUGAAUGAACCACAACCUGUCGCCCUCUCUAUGGUUGAGGAGAUGAUGGAGGGUCAGACUGUGUCUCCAUCCUGCUCUGUGUUUUACUCCUGCCCCACCUCUCCUCCUGUUUUCCACUGGAGUCACUCUGGAGACCAGCGCUUUCACUCACAGCUGCUCAGUGACGGCCAGUGGAAAGCAACGUCUACUCUGACAUUUCACCCGACCCAUGCUGACCACAAGAAGUCAUUACAAUGCAGCGUUCAAAUGCACAAUGGAAAGCCACUGUACACAGGAUCCAAGGUCCUUCAAGUGAAAUAUGCCCCAGUGAAUGUGAAGGUUAAGUACAAAUCAGAUGUCAAGGAGGGACAAACUGUCCACCUGAGUUGCUCCAGUGAUGCUAACCCUCGUGUCAGUAGCUACGAGUGGCACAAUGAAACUGCUCAAGUGCACAAGGGAUCGACCUACAACCUUCAUAAUGUCUCUAGACACACAAAAGGGCCGCUGUACUGCACUGCAGUUAAUGAACUAGGACGAAUCAAUUCCAGCUUGGUGCGGUUCAAUGUGUUAUAUGCCCCAGAGAUUAAGAAUGCCUCGUCAUGCUCCUCAGAGGGCGACAUGGUAAAGUGUGUGUGCAUGGCUGAAUCCAAUCCUUCCAGUAUCAUCCACUUUGUGCUUUCCAACAACGUUCACCUGAGCACCAAAGUAGAGCACCAUGGCUCUCUUACUGUCGGGACUCUGCAGGCUAACAUUGGGUCCUCCACAUAUGUGCACUGUGUGGCAAACAACACGGAGGGUAGUGCCAACGUCACCCUCUCCCUGCCUGUUAAGAUUAAUAUGCUGUAUAUUUACAUUUCCGCUGGAGCAGCCGGAGGUUUGAUGAUCCUUGUAGGAGUAGUGAUAGUCGUUAUAAAAUGCAGGAGGAGAUCUGGAGACACAGCAGAAUGUAACUUGAGCGCCACAAAAGCAGAGAAGGAGUUGGAGCUCUCUGUGCCUCAGUAUUCAAUGGCACAAAGAUCAGUCAGGAAAGCGACCUAUGAUGAUGUGGGAUGCCAAAGCAUUUAUGCCACUGAUCAUAUUUAUGGCAACAUGGAAGAUGAAGCGGACGCGAUCUACGCCAACACAUAACGUCCAGAGGGCCAGUCAACAGAAUCGAGGAAGUUGUGAAAAAUCUCUGCAAACAUCACAAAACAUUCCUUUUUUUAUCUCCUGCUGAAACUUAACAUUGUUGAUGAAGCUUUUCAUGCCCAUCAACAUGCUUGUGCUUGCAAUUAUUCUUUUUACUUCUCCAACACAUUCUUAAUGUAUAUCUGAUCAAUCGUGUUGAAGUUAAACAGCAUUAAGCUCUUGUAGCAGCUUAUAUGCAAAUGAUGAUUCUUUAGUUAAAUUUUGCACACUUUUUUUUUUUUUUUUUGCAGUUAACGACGCAAAGCAACUGCACAAGUCAUGUCGAAGUGUGCCCUUUGAAUUUCCUCUUUCCUCUUCAAAAAUGUUUCAUCAGAAUGGCAGAUAAGAACACAGCUGUGAAGGGUUGCAGUAAAUAGUUUAAGUGACAUAUUAAGGGUCUUACGAGUUCAAUGUAUCUGCAUUUAUGAAUAUAUGAAGGAAGCACCCUCAUCAGCCAUAAUCAGGUAAUCAGUCACUGAUUGGAAACAAUAUUUUGUGCGUGCUCGGGGUCGAAGUCACAAAAAUCCCCUCUGUGGGUUGAAAGUGAGUUCGUGGUAAAUCAACAGGAAGGCAAAGAGGAAGAAGGUCACUCACUUGACUGAGGGAGAAAAUCUCUAAAAUUAUCUCACAUUUUAAAAACGACCACACACUAUAGCUUCAGUGCAAAUCUAAAACCUCAGAGGAUAAAGAUGCAGCAACACGCGAAGCUCUUGAGGUUCACCAUGAAACAAAAGAGUGCAUGAAGGCACACUGACUGAACGUAAAUGAUAACAAGUUACAUAUGAUGCGCUCCCUUUAAUGACUAGAUUUAUUGAGAUUGCUCCAUGUUUUCACUCAUUCAAAUAUAGUGAACAUGCAAUAGUGGAUACGUUUAUAUAGCUUUCAAUGUGAAUCAAACACUCAGAAUCACUUUAGAAAAACGGGAAAACAAAACAGAAGCAACAAA